AACGUUUGGGAUAGAGUCCCGUUACAGUCACACACACUAGCAAGAACAGGACCAGACAUGGCGAGAGACCCGGAUUAUGGAGCUUUCGUGGACAAGUUUGUGCUUGAACUUACCUCUUCAGCUCAUGAUCAACCAUUGCAGGGCCUCACUUUUGCAGUUAAAGAUAUAUUUGAUAUGGAGGGAUAUGUGACUGGAUUUGGUCAUCCUGACUGGGCAAGGACUCAUUCUGCGGCUACCUCAACUGCUCCUGCUGUUUUGGCCGUCUUAAGAGGAGGAGCCACCUGUGUUGGUAAAACUGUCAUGGAUGAAAUGGCUUACAGUAUAGAUGGAGAAAAUAUACAUUACGGCACACCUAUAAAUCCAUGUGCUCCUGAUCGUGUACCCGGAGGAUCUUCAAGUGGGUCUGCUGUUGCGGUUGGUGCAAAAAUUGUAGACUUCUCCUUGGGUACUGACACUGGAGGAAGUGUAAGAGUCCCUGCAUCAUAUUGUGGAAUUUUGGGGUUUCGACCUUCAUAUGAUGCUGUUCCGACUGCAGGAGUUGUUCCCUUGGCACAGAGUUUUGAUACUGUGGGAUGGUUUGCCAGGGACCCUGUGAUUCUGAGUCGGGUAGGACAUAUUCUACUCAAAUCGCCUGUUAUGGAUCCUAUCAAACCUAGUCAAGUUAUUAUUGCAGAAGAUUGUUUCCAGCUUUCAAACAUUCCAAAUGAUCGACUAGGUCAAGUUCUUGUGAAAUCAGUGGAGAAGAUAUAUGGAGGCCAUAUCUUGAAGCACAUGAUCCUCGGGGACUAUGUCAAGGAAAAAGUUCCAAGUCUGAAACAUUUUAUGAGUAAUGAAAUAAAAGAACUGGAGCAUAACAUUCCAUCUUUGGCAGCCCUCUCAAAUGCCAUGAGAUCACUUGAAAGGUAUGAAUUCAAGGAUAACCAUGGUGAAUGGAUCACUGCAGUCAAACCUGCAUUGGGUCCAGCAAUAUCAGAAAGGGUAUGGGAAGCUGUUAGAACAACUGGGGAAAACGUUGAUGCCUGCCACUCUGUAAAGACUGAAUUACACGCUGCCCUUGCAACUCUCCUUCAGGAUUUUGGUAUCCUAGCUAUCCCUACUGUGUCAGGGCUUCCACCGAAACUGCAAACAGAUCCAACAACACUGAAAAUCUUCCGUGCUAAGGCUUUUGGCUUGCUGUCCAUUGCUGGAUUAUCAGGAUUCUGCCAGGUUAGCAUACCGCUAGGGAUGUAUGACAAUCUUCCUGUAUCUGUUUCAUUGUUGGCAAAACAAGGUUCAGACGCAUUCCUGCUCAAUGUUGUCGAGAGUCUUUAUGGUACCCUCAAAGAACAGGUUGAGAUCACUGAAAAAUAACUUGCUGGCUGAGAAUCUAAGAAUGUAAGCUUGACCUAACCAUCGAAAUGUUAAAUUUGGAACAAAAAAUGGUGAAAUGAAAAAAAUAAUGCUCGCUACAGAGAAACAGAAACACCAUCUGGAUUUAGUAUAAAAAAACAAAAAUAUAGUUCUAUUAUGUUCUAUUCUAUUAUAUUUUUGUUA